ACCAGUUGACGAGAGUCAAUCGGUCUAAAAAGGUAAAAGCGUGAGGCAAGUAAUUGUAUGCCUGCUUCCCUAUUAGACUUGUUUAUCAAAAAUACAUCACUUAUUCUCAUUUAAUUAACUAACUAAUUACAACUAAUCAUCCAUCAUAACACAACUAAUUAUUAAUAUAAUUAUAGUAACAAUUAUAGCAUCGCGUGUUAAAGAUCUGGCGCAACUAAUACGGCUGAUUGGAAUCUACUGCAAUUAUUAAGGAAUAUCAAGAAAAUGUAACUCUAAAAAGGCUUGUAUGGCUUAAGUAGUGGCUUUUUAUAUUUAUUUUACUCCAUUAAUUUCUAUUUUUUUUAUUUUUUUACAUUCGUUUACUAUAGAAUUUUAUUUUAUUUUAUUUUGCUGAUUUAAAUGUUUUGAAUGACAAACUACUUGUUGCUUCCUCCCGCGCAACUUUAGUGGUUUUGAAUGAUGUUUUGGUGAUAUGUUUGUUCGGGUAACUGAUUCACAAGGAUUUUUAAAUAAAUUUUAAAUAAUAAUACUAAAGGGUGAAGAUGUGAAUUUCGAAAAUUUAAAUAUAAACAAAGUGCCACAAGCCAAACAAAAUUUUUGCGUUGCAGGUGACAUAAAUUAUAUUAGGCAUCUCUACAUAUAUCAAUAUCAAUAUCAAUCCCUGUUUGUAUUUAAUCACUGUAUUAUCAGUGUUGCCUGUUUAAAUCUCCAUCCUUACCACCAAUGAUACACGCAGACAAGCAUGCAGGGUAGUGAUGAACCGCGUUAGCUAUAUUUUAAAUGGCUACGUGAAGUUCACAAUAGAGGAAAUACCAUAAAAGGGACCCGGGGUGAAAUUAUCAUCAUCGAGAGAUAAUGAUUACAGAACAGACUUGGACCAUGAUGCUGGAACCCGACGUACCAGGCAUCGACGAGUAUGUUAAGUUGGGUAUUUCGCCGAGGAAACAGUUAUGGAUCAAGGCGGUGAAGAAGCUGACGUCCGAGCGGCUCGGGAGAGAAGGACUCGCGGCCUGGGGCGUGGGUCCGCCGCCGCGGGAAGAGGACGAGGACCUGGAAGAAGAAGAACCCAAGGGAGUGAGUGACAAAGAUGAGAUAACUCUUGUCGUGACACCACCGGAAGCUGUCGCCGUUGAAGAGCCUGAUAAGCCCGAAGAUCCGCCCUGUCAACAAAACGUUUUCAAACGCGGGCGGAUGUACAAAGGGAUUUUCUGCCCGUCCUUGACGAAUGCGUUCCACAGCCCGAGUUUAGAGAAGUCUUACUUCCAGUACUCGUGUCGCCAGCGUCAGAAGUCUCUGAUGAUGCUGAAUGUCGUCGAUCUCGGUCUCAAGAUCGCGAUUAUUUCCCUGUGGCUGUGGAGAAGAAAUGAACGCAGCAGCAGCUUAAUUCAGACGCUGUCUUGGGUAUCAUGUUGUAUGCUCGCAAAUAUUAUUGUCUGUGUGGUGGGUCUGUGGCGGUGGUUCUCACCGAAUUAUCUCUACUGGGCAUCUAUAUGCACUUGGCUGCUUAUAAAUAUCCAAGGUUUCAUAGCAGCUGGAUUAAAUUUUUCAUCGCAGCAGCGCAUAAUGUGGUACAUAUUGUUUGUUGUUUAUGCGCCGUAUGCGAUGCUCCCGCUUCCGCUGAGAUGGUGCGUCCUCGCGGGCUCUGGUACUGCAAUCAGCCACAUGACAAUGAUUAUAACGACGCUUUUUUACAAUUCUAAUUACCUUAAAGACGUCGUAUGCGUAAUUAGAAUGCUUACGACAAAUGUCCUGCUGUACUUUGCGGUAAAUCUCGCUGGAAUGUACACCAAGUACUUGACGGACCGCGGACAACGUCAGGCAUUCUUGGAGACCCACAGGUCCAUGGAGACCCGCCAAAGAACGCAGAAUGAAAAUAAUCGCCAAGAAAAACUUUUGCUUUCAGUUCUUCCAGAUUUUGUAGCAAAAGAAAUGAUACGAGAUAUUGCCCGCGAAACAGCCAGCGGUGGAACAUUUUCCUUUACUCCAAAUCAAUUUCACAGAAUUUAUCUUCAUCGUUAUGAAAAUGUCAGCAUUUUAUUUGCUGACAUUAAAGGAUUUACUGCACUGGCAAGUCAGUGCAGCGCCCAAGAAUUGGUCAAGGUCCUCAACGAUUUAUUUGCCCGUUUCGACAGACUUUCUGCCGAAAAUCAUUGUCUGAGGAUUAAAUUACUUGGGGAUUGUUAUUACUGCAUAUCAGGACUUCCUGUUGCGAGGACUGACCAUGCGCAUUGUUGCGUUGAAAUGGGUCUUCAUAUGAUCAAAGCUAUUCGUGAUAUUCGUUACACUACUAAAGUGGAUUUAAAUAUGAGAAUUGGCAUCCAUAGUGGCUCGGUACUUUGUGGAGUCCUAGGGCUGAGGAAAUGGCAGUUCGAUGUCUGGAGUUAUGAUGUUACUUUAGCGAAUCAUUUAGAAAGCGGUGGAAUACCUGGUCGAGUUCACAUAUCAGCAGAAACAUUAAACUGUCUGAAUGACGUCUACGAAGUAGAACCAGGAAAUGGAGUUGAUCGCGACAAUUAUUUAAAGGAUCGUAAUGUCGUAACUUAUUUAAUAAAACAAACAGAGCCACUGCGUUCAAAACGAAGGCAGUCAUCGCGUCCAAAGAUAUGGACCGAAGACGAAACUGGCAACAGAUCCAAGAAGAGUUUCAAGAUUGCUAACGCUCUGCUCUCAAACAAUCACAGCAGCAGCAAAGACAACAUGGCGAACUGCAAAGACGAGGAUGAAAUUGGCGUUGAAUGGAUCCCGGAAAUUCCGUUCGAGAAUUUGAACAGCGCAAACUCCGUGACCAAUCUCGAGGCCGAGUAUCUCGAAGACGAAGAAGACGAGCAGGGAACAAUGGGCGAUAAAAAAUCGGCAGCAGGCGGGGGAUUUGAAACCGCGAGCAAUAAGAGAAUGAGGCUGGCGAAUAUCAAUGCCUGGACACUCCGUUACAAUGACGAGAGUCUGGAAACGAAGUUCGGCCAAUUAAGAGAAGACAUGUUUAGAUCAAACAUGAUUUGUUGCUUCGUCAUCUGGCUUUUUAUCGCCAUUUGCCAAGCGAUUAUUGUACCUGACUGUAUUAUUCUUCUCGCUUCUCUUUUCUUCACCACCGCCGUACUUAUCGUCUGCUCGAUUCUCGUGAUGGCCGAAGAGUUCAAAAAUUUACCCGACGUUCUACAAAACGCAUCGUCGACAUUGACGCACAAUAAAUUGCACCGGACUAUAUUUAUUUGUAUUUUAAUCAGUCUUAUGGCUUUCACUUCAAUAAUCGGCGUACUGGGAUGCCCGGCAACAAAUUUUUAUCCUUCAGAGCCACUGCCCGUUAUGGAUAAAUUUGUGUCUGCUAAUUCCGAUGACAAGUUCAAUGGUAGCAGCAGCAACAGCAUUUUAGAAGCGACUAAAAAUAUUCCAGGAUUUGAUAAACUUAUUUUUAGCUUUUUAAAAGUCGCGCUCGAUGAUAAAAACCGUGAGAAAUUUACCGAGUCAUCUAAAAGUCAGUCUAUCAAGGGUUCUAAUGACAGCAAUGAUAUGAAGAUGAGAUCAAAUAAUCACAGACAUUUUGUCGGAAAAAGACACGGAAGAAAAUUGAAGCCAUCAAAGCGGGAUAUGAAUAAUUACAAGUCUCGAAAAAUAUUAUUUGUUAGCAAUGAUAAUUUAAAUUCAACCGAGUCGUCAAUAUUUAAAUUAGACAAGACGUGUUUCCGGUCGGAGUACAUCGUGUUUACUUGGAUCCUCUGUUUAAUGGCCUUAGCUUCAGCUCUUAAAUUAUAUUACCUCGUUAAGACGGCAUUAGCCUCGAUAAUAGUUUUUAUGUACGCGGGAUUGAUUCUCGUGGGGUAUCAAGAAUUAUUUCUAAUGACUGACGACGACCCUAAUGAAACUGCCAUGCCGCUGUCAGCACAGAUGCUAAUUUUCCUGAUAGUCUUUCUGGUCGUGGUAACGUAUCAUGGCAGACAGGUCGAAGUCACUUCGCGGCUGGAUUUCUUGUGGAAGCAGCAAGCAGAGAGAGAGCUCGGUGAUAUGAUUGAGUCCAAGCACAAUAACAUGCAGUUAUUGAAGAAUAUUCUGCCUGACCAUGUGGCCAAUCAUUUUCUGACUGCUGAGCAUCCACCUGAGGAAUUGUACUCACAGUCACGAGAUAAAGUUGGCGUGAUGUUUGCCAGUGUACCGAAUUUCACAGAAUUCUAUUCCGAAGACGUAAACAAAGGAAUGGAAUGCAUAAGAUUACUAAAUGAAAUAAUAGCAGACUUCGAUGAAUUACUAGACGAAGCGCCAUUCCACUGCAUUGAGAAAAUAAAAACAGUCGGUGCGACCUAUAUGGCGGCAUCAGGAUUAAACCCCAGCACACUGGACCCAACUAAGGACGAAAUGGACCACCUCUGCAAGCUGGUAGACUACGCCGUGGCCAUGCGGCAACGUCUUGAAGAUGUCAACAUCCACUCGUUCAACAACUUUGACCUGCGAGUGGGCAUCAGCUUCGGGCCACUUGUCGGUGGUGUCAUCGGUGCACGUAAGCCAGUUUACGACAUUUGGGGCAAUACUGUAAACGAAGCCUCGCGAAUGGACUCCACCGGAGUGAUGGGCAAGAUCCAGGUGCCCAAGGACAUGGCCAAGAUCCUGGAGACGCGUGGUUACCAUACCCAAAAACGCGGAAUGAUUGAAGUCAAGGGCAAGGGAACCAUGGAGACUUACUUCGUCCUGGGUAAAGACACUCAGCAAUCGGACAUCGUCUCCAGGAAUAGAAGCAUGUGCAGAAGUCUCGCUGCUGUUGUCUACGGAGUAGUUCAAGCUCGCAGGAAGCAAAUGACCAUCAGCUGAACGUCAGCACAAUCAAAAAAUAAACAAACAACUAAAAAAAUUAAUAAUAAUCAUUCUGAUGGAAACAAAAAUAAAUGACUGUAAUAAAAAUUAUUGAAAUUUUUCACAGUCGAAGUCCAUUUUGUCGGAUUCCAUUAACUCGGAACUUCCCCUCAAUCUUGACCCCUACCAGCUCUAUCCCACCCGAUGCUAUACAUAUGUAUAUAUUAAUAUAUGCAGCAUGUCGAUGUAAGAGCGCAUGCGUAGUCUACUUUUUAAGGGAGAAGGGGCAUCGGUUAACCCGAAAAUUCCAGGAAAUUUUCGCUACUCCAUAGACUAAAUGUCCGAGUAAAUGGAAUUUGACUACAGUCGAAGUCCGUUAUCUCGGAAUUUCCUCUCAAUUUUGACCCCCACUACGUAUGUGAUGUAAGCGCAUGCGUGUAGUUUACAUUCUAAAGAGGGGGCAUUCGAUAAGUCGGAAUUUUUAGGAAAUUUCCGCUCCCCCGUAGACUAACUAUCCGCGUUAAUGGAAUUUCACUGUACAGUCGAUCCAUUAUCUCGGAAUUUCCCCUCGAUUUUGACCCCCAAUACGCAUGUGAUGUGCGCAUGCGUGUAGUUUACAUUCUAAAGAAGGGGC